CGUGGACAGCAACAGCCGGGGUGGGCGACAGUCGGGGCGUUUGGUGGAGGGAUUUUGGGCUCUUCGUCUCCUCCUUCACUCCCUCUCCCUGGCUCUCAAACGUAAUAUUUGGAUACAGUGUGGUGCGGUGGAGUGGUCUUGGAACGUGAUGGCAGAAAGCAGGUUUUGGAUGUUUUUUGGAGUCGUAACUGUUCUCUGGACUUUAAUGGCUCAGGUGCAGUGUAAUGAGGAGUCCCAGCUCAUCGGCGACUUGUUCAAAGCCUACAACAAGAAUAUUCGCCCGGUGGUUCAUCCCGAAGACAAGCUCGAGAUUCAGAUCAAGCUGACCCUCACUAACCUCAUCUCCCUGAAUGAAAAGGAGGAGACUCUUACGACUAAUGUGUGGAUUGAGAUUCAAUGGACGGAUUAUCGCCUUGUCUGGAACACAUCUAACUAUCAUGGCAUUGAAGUAAUUCGUGUUCCAUGCAACACCGUUUGGCUGCCUGACAUUGUCCUGGAGAACAACAUUGAUGGCAAGUUUGACGUGGCUUACUACGCCAAUGUUUUAAUCAGUAACACCGGUUGGAUGUACUGGCUGCCUCCUGCUAUCUAUCGCAGCACUUGUGCCAUUGAGAUCACCUACUUCCCAUUUGACUAUCAAAACUGCACGCUAGCAUUCAGAUCCCAGACGUACAGUGCCAAUGAAGUGGACCUCAUUCUGGCUGUCGGAGAGACAAAUGAGAAAAUUGAGUGGGUGGACAUUGACCCCGCGGCUUUCACAGAGAAUGGCGAGUGGGCCAUCGUCCAUCGGCCAGGCAGGAAAAUGAUCAACCCGCGGUAUACCCCAGACGACCUAGAGUAUCAGGAGAUCUUAUUCAACCUGGUUAUCCAAAGGAAACCCCUCUUUUACAUCAUCAACAUCAUUCUGCCUUGCUCCCUCAUCUCUUCAUUGGUGGUGCUGGCCUACUUCUUACCCGCACAAGCGGGAGGACAAAAGUUGACCGUCUCCAUCUCUGUUCUGUUGGCUCAAACUGUCUUCCUCUUUCUUAUUGCCCAGAAGAUCCCUGAGACAUCUCUCUCGGUCCCUCUCAUCGGCAAGUACCUGAUCUUCGUAAUGUCUGUCACUACUCUCAUUGCCACUAAUCAAAUUGUGGUGCUGAACUUCUCACUGCGCAGCCCCAACACUCAUACCAUGUCAAAGACCAUCAAACAUGUGUUCCUGGAAAUGGUGCCUCGCUUCCUCGGCAUGCCCCCUCUGGUGGAUGACACCGAGGUGACAACCGUGGUGAACGGCGUGCGGGAGCGGCGGUGCAGCUCCUUUGGCCUCAUGCAGAGGGCCGAGGAAUAUGUCCUCAAACAACCUCGCAGUGAAAUGAUGUUUGACAAACAAAGAGAGAGGCAUGGUCUCACACGGUCCAUUGUGGAUGACAUGGAUGUCAGCAGCACAGCCAACCUUUACAAGAGUUUGGCACAAGCUGCACCCGAAAUCAAGCAAUGUGUGGAUGCCUGCAACUUCAUCGCUGAGAGUACGCGACAACAAAACAACAUUGGAUCUGAAAUUGAGAGCUGGGUCCUGAUUGGGAAGAUGAUUGACAAAGUGUGUUUCUGGGCUGCCAUUUCCCUCUUCAUCAUCGGCACUGUGUGGAUCUUCUUAACAGGACACUUUAACCGGGCGCCCGAAUUUCCCUUUCCAGGGCAAAGCAAAAAAUAUGUACCAAGUUAAAAAAACAACAGAAUAACCUCUUUUGCUACGAUGAAACCUUUCGAAGGGCCACUAAGCUUCCUGCUGUCUAUUAGGCUGUGCUGUUGCUCAAUGAAUCGCAGGCUCAGAGUCACGGUGGCCAGCAUUAAUAAAAGAGAUCAACAACCUUUCUGUCUGGGUUCAUGCUCACAGCUCAGACUUAUGCUUGUGAACACUGGUCAGGCAGCGGAGGGUUUUCAUUCAAACCUUCAACUUAGUUAGAGCUCAGUUUUGGCAUUAUCAUCAAGUGCCUUUUAUAUUUAUUUUGUAGUUAAAAAGCAUGUUCAGACUUCAGGUCAGGUCGGUUUAAAUGAAAUGCUGAUGGUUUCUCAUACCCAUGCAGGAAGUUAUGUCUGUUGAAAACAAAGAACUUCAUACCAAAACUACAACGGCCUAGUGUACUGUUUUGCAUGGAUCCAUGAGGAAUGUGUAGAACUGGAUAGAAAUACAGAAGGUUGUUCAAUAGACCCUGCUUUCAUUGGAAGAAUCGUCCAUGCAUCAUACUGAAAGACAUCUUAUAAAGUCUGAAGAAGGUUCAAUGAAAGCCUUACUAUUCUCAAUAUAAAUGAUUUAUCAGAAAGUCUUGUUAGGAGUUUUUGUUUAGCGGGGCAAUGUCUUGAUUCAUGCCAUGUUUUUUAUUAAUAAACAUUUUAUUUUGUGCAUUG